CACCGUGGCGUCGUUAACGCUGCUCUCGUCCGAUCAGCUCUCUCUCCAGCAACACCUCGAUCUCUCCUCCAGCAUUCUGAGCUACCUGCCCGACACCGCAGAGGGCGAACCACAACCCUUGAUCAUGGCACAAGCGGUGCCUAAUCCGCCGAGUGGGAGGAAAAGGGUCAAGGUCUACGAGUUGCGCAACAACGACUGGUUCGACCGCGGCACGGGCUUCGCGAUCGCGUCGAGCACAUGGGACCAUGCCGAUGGCGAGCCGCGUAUAAUUGUUGAGGCCGAGGAAGGGCCAGAGAGGCUGCUCCUCGAGACGCAGAUCUCGCGGCAGGGCGGGUUCGCGAAACAGCAGGAGACGCUGAUAAUAUGGACGGAGCCGGUGAAUGGGGUCGAUAUGGCUCUGAGUUUCCAGGAGUCGGAUGGGUGCACGGCGAUUUGGAAGUUCAUCAAUAUGGUGCAGCAGCAGAUGGUGGUCAAUGGCGGGCCGGACGACGCGUUAUCCGAAGACAUGGCGCCCGAGGCCUCCCCGGUGAACCUGCCCGUGCCAGAUAUCAACAAUCUGAAGGAAGUUGAAUUGGAGAUGCGCCAGCUGAAUAACACACAGGCGGGACGCGAUGCACUGGCAAAGUUUGUCAUCCACGAGGAGUACAUCCCGAAGCUCGUGCCGCUGGUCGAGGAGGCUGAGGCAGCACAACGCCUUCAGGAACUGCAUCGCCUGUGCAACAUUGUGAAGAUGCUGAUCCUUCUCAACGACAAUGAUAUCAUUGAGUAUGCUAUGACGGACGAGGUCUUUUUGGGGGUGAUGGGGGCUUUGGAAUAUGAUCCCGACUUCCCGAGUCACAAGGCGAACCAUAGACAGUGGUUGGGUGACGAAUCGAGAUACAAGGAGGUUGUUCGCAUCGAUGAUGACCAGGUCCGGAGGAAAAUUCACCACACAUAUCGACUACAAUAUCUAAAGGAUGUGGCUCUAGCUAGGGUUUUGGACGACCCGACGUUUUCCAUACUUAACUCAUUGAUCUUCUACUAUCAGGUCGACAUAAUCCAACACAUCCAGGGAAACCCUCAAUUCCUCAACGAUCUAUUUACAAUCUUUGGGCCGGAGGAGAAGGACGAGAAGCGGAAGAAGGACGCGGUCCUGUUCAUCCAGCAGUGCUGCGCGAUCGCGAAGAACUUCCAGCCUCCUGCACGGAACUCAUUAUAUAAUAACUUCCUGAGCCACGGCCUGCUUGCAGUCAUCAACUACGCAUUGGCCCAUGGCGACGUGGCAGUCCGUGUCGGCGCGACGGAUGUGCUGGUCUCGGUGAUUGAUCACGACCCGCAGAUGAUUCGGCAGACGAUCUUCCGGCAGAUCAGCGAGAAACAGAGGCCUCUGACGGAUUCUCUCAUCGAUCUGCUCUUGGUGGAGGUCGAUUUAGGCGUCAAGGCGCAGAUUGCCGACGCGAUCAAGGUUCUUCUCGAUCCUGGGUCGCAGCAGGGGCCGCAGGAGGCUAUGGGUAAGCUUGGCAUGGAGUUUGGCGGGAGGGGUCGGCCACAGGUCGACCCACAGCAGGAGGGGUUCCUGGUGAAGUUCUACGAGGAGUCGGCGAAGAGGCUGUUCAGCCCUCUGGUGGAGUUAAAAGACAAGGAGAACUUGGCAUUCAAUGUGCAGCAGGUGUCUUUAUUCGAGCAUCUGAUUGAGAUUCUCUGGUUCUUCAUCCGCCAACAUCAACACCGCAGCAAGUACUUUGUCCUCGCAGAAAGCUUGGGCCAGCGCAUUGCUCAACUCCUGAGCUGCCCGGAGAAGCAUUUGAAGCUUACCGCGCUGAAGUUCUUCCGCAACCUCCUCGGCUUAAACGACGAGUUCUACAACCAGCAGAUGAUCCAAGAGCACCUCCUCGAGCCAAUCCUCAACACCCUCCUCGACACAAUGCCGCGCAACAACCUCCUCAACUCCGCCUGCCUCGACUUCUUCGAGUACAUCCGCAACCACGGCGUGCCCAUCAUGGUCAGCCACCUUGUCGAACGCUACCGCGAUAAGAUUCAGGACAUCACCUACGUCGACACCUUCACCGCGCUCAUCUCGCGCUUCGACCACGCCUCGCAGGGCUACGCCAGCAACAUGGACGCCUCCUUCCUCGAUACCGAAGACGAGGGACCAGGGGGCCGCUCGCAGCCCGGCGGCGGCCGUCGCUGGCAGGGUGUGCGCGACCUCGACGCCGCGGAAGAGCAGUACUUCAACACCUCCGACGACGAGGACGAGCUCGCGGGUGCCAACCCCCCACCCAGCGCAUCUGUUAACGGCGCGUCGCCCCUCGCGAAACCGCUCGUCGACUAUACGUCGGAUGAGGAGACGGAUAUGACUGAUGCCGAGCUAGCGGGGAUCCUGCCCUCGCGUGAAGCAGGGUCACCGCCCGCUCCCGAGAAGGAAGUAGAGCGCAAAUCUGCGUCGCCGCCGCCGCCGGAGCGGGUGUCGGAGAAGCGACACCGGGAGGAGGAUGAGGAGGAUGAACUGACCAAGUUGGCGAGUCAGCAGAGUAAGAGGCGGAAUUCGUCGAGCUCGGUGGUGAGUGUCGGCUCGAAUGGGUCGGCGCCGAUGUUGAGGCGGAAGAGGAGCUUUAAUAGCUCGCGCGAUGGUGGAGGGGGUGGUGGGGGAGGAGGAGGAGGGGGGGGGGGAAGAAGAUAUCGAUUAGUCUCGCGCCGGCGAUUAGGAGCGGUGGGGAGGGUGGGACGGGGGCGGAUGAUGGGAGUUGAUGUUGAGUGGUUGAAAACUACGAAUGCAAAUGGGCUUCUUUCUGGGGAGAUGAGAAAUUUCGAUACCCAAAUACCAAAACACGGAAAUUUUAUUACUUUAACGAACGACGAUGGGCGGGGCGAUAUUGGCUGCUGUGGGGGGAGAAGCAAUGGGCCGGGAUUAGGGAUGGAUGAAUCACACCGACCUUCCAUAAAGACCGUCGCCGCAUCUAACCUCCGAAUCGAAUCCCCCGACACGCACAUACACGGCCGGACGAACGAUCGACCCCCCCGCGCAACCCCAAACCGCGCACCCGCAUGCGCCGUCGCACACCCUGAAAUCCAGCCACACCAAUCGCUUGCGGGGCUGACACCCAGCGGCGUCGCACAACGCACCCCUCGCUCGCGCGGAGCCCAACGAUGGCUGCGCAGCCCGAGAGGUGAGGCGAUGAUCACGAUUGGGCUAGGCUGCCGACGACGACGAUGA